UCAAAAGCUUGGCAUAGAAGGCAAAGCUUCCUUCUUUGAUCGUAAAGUGCAUUCACGUUAUGGUAAGUUCUAAGAAGAACGCAAAAUGCCAAGGAAACAUCAAGUACAUACACUUGUGGAACUGGCAUUGUAUUCUAUUGGCAAAUUAGUAACUGCAUUUGGUAGAUACUUGGCAAAAGAUGUUUGUACCAUAUCCAAAACCAAUCCAGAUUAUGGGCACACCAAGUUAUGUUCGAUGUUAGAACUUAUGACACAUUUGUUGAGUUACAAUGUACCUAGACACUUGUAUGAUAAAAUGUCUAGAGCAGUGUUAACUGCAGUCGUUGAUCUAGUUAAGGAAACCAGGGGCACAUACAAUGACUAUGCUUUGACAACAGUCUUCUUGUCAGAAAUGACUGUUGCUCUUCAUUUAACAGAAGUGGCUGUGGAUUCGCACUUAAAAACGAUUGAAUUCUCUGUUUGGCCGAAAAUCAUGCGCCACAUACUUUAUAACAAAUUACCGAACAUGGUCGGGCUCGAGGUUUUGGAUUUAGGCUCGGGGUCAGCUGGUUGGAGAACGUCUGAUAUCGAGAAGAUUAUUAUCAGUGGAGUAUCUGCCAUGCCGAAUCUAGUAUGCUUCAUAUUAUGCUUUGAUUGCACGGAUAAUAUUAUAGCGGCUCUAGCUCAGAACUGUAAGAAACUGCAAAAAUUAGAUGUGACUGCAUCUAGAUCAGUAACAGAACGCAGCAUCGGUGCUUUACUCUCCUGCAAAAAUUUAAAACAGAUCACGUUAUGUAGAACUUCUAUGACUAUACCUGGCUAUGCGAAUCUCUUCUUAGAACAUUUGAAUAUAGAAAAUAUCGGUAGAUGCGAUGAGUUUGGAUACGUCUUAGAAUAUAUUCAACAGAAAGAAAUUGGUGCUACAAGUUCUCUCCAUAUAAGGACGUUCGAGAGCCGAACCUUUAACAUGGAACAUUUGUAUCUUCUAAUUGACAUGUGCCCUUAUAUUACAAGCCUUUGUUUACUGCGAGAUGAGAAAAUCAUGGACUUAACGGUUUUAGCUGCUCUCAAUUACUUAAGAGAAUUGAAAAUUCUGUCCUGCGAUUUUUAUGCUCAUGGCAUACACACACUGCUAGAAAUAAAAGGUCGCGCGAUGACACAUCUGCAUUUUGAACAUGUAGACGGAAUCGACUUAAAAGCACUUAUAUCUAUAAGCCAGCAUUGCCCGGAUAUAAGCACUUUAGUUUUCUACAAUUGUGAAUUCUUAGAUCAUACACUGAUUUAUCCGAGUAAGCUAGUAGUCGAACCAUUUCAGUAUUUGGAAAGAAUCAAAUGUGUCGUUGAAUGUGCGAAUAUGCACCUAGAGUUUUUACUUUCUCAUUGUAAAAACAUUAAAUUUAUUCAAUUGGGCUCGUCGACCGGCAUCGGGGACGAGACAGUGAGAAAGAUAUUCUCGCAGAAUCCGAUGCGAAAACUGCAAGAACUGAAAAUAUUAUAUAGCCACGAUCUGUCGAUGAAAACUGUAGAAUUAUUAAUGGAACAUUGUGAUAACUUAUAUCGACUGUCAGAAUUAGAGAAUUGGCAAGGAAUAUCGGCUAUGGAGUUGAGUCUAUUUAGAGACGAACUAAGAAAUAAUAAUACAAAUUUGGAUACAAGUCCGAGCUUAUCGUUCGCAUAAUACAACGAAUGUUGUACAUGAAAAUGGAGCAAAGAGAAUAUACAAAAUUUCUAUUUUUCUAGUUGAUAGAAAGACUAAGAUAGUUAGAUUAUAUUUUUAAAAUCACUAACAUACAUUAUACGUAUUUUUGUUUAUUUUUUUGUCGGUAAUCUGGAUCAAAAGUCGUGAC